GCGAGUGGGAGUGGAGCGAGUCUCUCGGUCUCGGCAGCCCUCAUCCAUUCUGUGCGGCACUCCCCGUACAGCUCCGCGCGUCCUCGGUGCGAACCGGGGUGUUCUGUACGCUUCUCGAACAAGACGCGGGACGAAAAGCUACACGGAAUAACCUUCAGCAAACCUUACGAGACACAGAAUCCGCUAUCGGAGAGGACAUGGAGUGACGGAGAGCGGGAGAAAGGGGCUUUUUCCGAGGACGGCGUGCUCCGCUGAAACCCAACAUGGCGCUGCUGCGAGGUACGGCAGAGCUGAAUUAAUUUCUCCGCGAGUCCGCCGACCUCGCCACCUGUAUCCUGUGGGGGCCCGGGCCGCACGGCGCAUUGGUCUCUCCGAAUGAAAGGACCAUAACGGAUUUUCUUUUGUGGAUUUCUCUACAUCCUGACGUUGGUUUUUCCUCCGCGCAGGAUCUUUUUGGUGCUUUCUGGCAACACAAGUGACAUUUGCAGCAGCAAAAAAAGUCAGCUUGAAAUAUAGGGUAAUGGAUGAGAGUUGCCUGUAGACAAUAGAAUAAGGACCGAGAGCUUUAUAUGUAAGACUUGUUUUGUUUCUUGACAAGUGGAUAACCUGUUUGACACUUUUAGUUGUUGUUGUUUUUUUUUUCUUUGACCGGGAUUGUGGGUCUCCAGCAGACAGGAUCGUAACCGGGCUGGUCUACGUACGCACGGAUCGCUGUCCCUCUAGUUAACUUGGAAAAACAGGAAAAAGGCGUGAGUUGGGGCGCCCGGACGACGGCUGGAACUAGCACCAAUUAACCAGGGCAACAUCUGUUCGUGAUGUCGAUGCUGAGACACAAACCAACCUGGAACUGAGACAAGGGAACCACAUCACACAAAACAUGGUGGAUGCAAGGUUGACGCCCCUGGCAGCGAUGGGGCUGGACCGAGGCACUCUGAUGCACGAUGGUCUUCGUCUCCAUGGUGGGGUUGUAUACCCAGGCAUCAGGGCACUACCAGUGGAUAAGAGCCGAGAGAUGCCCUCCCUCACUUAUAACAGGGAUGGCCUCCCAGAGCUCAUCUACAAGCCUGAUGGCCCUCUGGACAGUCGUAAGCCUACGAAUGGAUACCUGGGCCUCUACAAGAACACCCCUUCAGGUCUCCACAAGCCUGUGCUGGUUCCUGGAGCUGAAGGUCUAGGCUUGGAACGCAGAGUCGGGCCUGGAGAAAAGGCAUCUGAAUUGGGCUUGGCAGGUGCUGGUGGCAGCUACCUCCGCCUGCCAUGGCUCAGCCCCUACCCUGAAGCAAGCAUGUAUUCCUUCAUGGACACAUCCAAGUAUGCGGCUCUAAACAUGUACAAAGCCUCCUUGCUCAGCCAACCCAACCCCUAUCUUCCGCAACACCUGGCCUACCCUUCUCUGUGUGCAGCCCAGGGGGGCAAUGUUAACCCUGCUGCCUCGGCUGCUGAGAGGCUCUACUAUAUGCCCCCCUAUCCUCCUCCUCCUCCCAUCUCUUCUCCCCUGGUUGCGCCCCCUAUGAGGAUUCCUGCAGUCACAGUGGCCCCCACAGCACUGGUACACUGCCAGGACAAGGGGCUUGGUGUUGCGCCUCAGUUUGCACAGCAGCUUCACCAACCUUCCCCUCAUUCUCAGCACCAUCAGGCUGCUAUAGACAGGGACCGGUCCCCGAGCAGGAGCAGCAGACCAAGCAGACCUCCCUCUAGGAAGGGCUCUAGCAGCAGCAACAACAAUAAUACCAGUAGCAAUAGCACUAGUGGCACCAGUACUGGGAAUAAUAAUAAUCUGCCUACUGAUUCUUCACCUCAUGCAUCUUCUCGCCUCCCCCAAAAUCCCCUUCCUCCUGCUAACAUUGAAAAUUUACUUGAUUUACAAAGGCCAGUUGCUAGGAUAGGACACCCACCCACCUCCUCCACUUCUUCAAUAUCUUCCUCAUCCUCAUCCACGCAGUCCAUUUCCCAUCCGUUCUCUGUAAGCAGCAUGGCAUCAGAGCAGCCCUCUCCAGCCCGGCCCAGUCCCCACAAAUCUAGGCCAAGAGAUGGGGCACCUGAGCACAGAAGUGUAGGGGUUGAAAGGAGACCUAGCAGGUCACCCUCCAAACCCAAUUUUGAAAGACCAGCUCACCAACCCCAAGCAACCAAAGACUCAGCAGAGAAGCCCUUGGAUUUGUCUGGAAGAAUGCUGGAGUUUGGGUUGCCCCCUAAUGGAUUCCCAGUUAAGAUGGACACUAUAGCAUCAGGCCCACGUUAUGGACUGCCCUCUAGCCGAGAGCUACUAAAGGAAAACCUGUCCCACUCUCCAUCCUCCCACUUGCACUCUGUGGUCAGCAGCACUUCUUCAAAGGUCCCAGAGAGGCCGGAAAUGAUCAGCACUUUACACUCCUCCUGGGUUGUACCUAGCCCGUCCCCUUCCCGUACACAGCACACACCAGGCUUGCCCCCCUCCCCAAGGCCUAACACAGACCUGGGCCUUUCACAAGCCAAAGGCUCCUCACCCUCUGUCAUCAAACAUAAGGGUCUGGAGAGAGUACUCCCUCAGCAACGUAGCUCAUCGUGUCCAAGGAUAGGGGAGCCCAACCAUAAUGUUUCCUCAACUCAGCACCCCUCUCUGGUCAGCUCCAGGGCUCUUUCUCCCAAACCCAAUGGUGAGUGGGUCAAACACAGCCCUAGCCAUUCAGAACAUCCGGGCCACCACAGAGAGGGAACAGAGAAAUCAUCCCAGACCACUAAGAGAGGUGAAACGACUCCAGAGGUGCCCUCAUACAAGAGGCAAUGUUUGGAGAAUGGUCACCCUCCUGGCCACCUUUACCUUCCUCAAAGUGACGCUUACCUGAACCACAGUUUGGCCUAUGCCAAUAGAUACCUGCACUACCCUAUCCCUGAUGGCAUGGCACUACACUCCCUGCCAAUUGCAGGGAAAGGCCCAGUCUACCCUCACCCAGUAUUACUGGGCAGCAACAGCCUUUACCCAACCCACUUGGCAGCAAAACACCCUUUACCCUACCAUAACUUGCCAGCUGGCCCGGGAGGGGAAUACCUCACUUACAACUCACAGGAGAUGGCCCAUCCCCUGAUGCAGACUCACUCAGACAAGCUGGCAGAAAGAGGAGAUGCAACUUUGAAGCCCCGGGGACAGGAGAAAUCCCGGGGAACUGUUGAAGAAUGCGGUGGCCACAGAGAUCACAACAUUGGGAAAGAGAUAGGCGAAGGAAGCCAAAUUAAGUCCGAUAGGGAAGCAGGAGCACAAGGACACGGUGGCAAUCAAAGCAAAACUCCUUCUUCCUCUGCAACGUCCAGCGAAAACAUUGUCUGCAUUGACCUUGUACACUCAGACACAGAUAUUGAGUCUACCGCAGCAGUCCACAAACCCUCAGCUGAGUCCAGCAGCAAGGUUAACCAAAAUGAAUGUUGUCAUAGUAACCAAAAUCUGACAAAGACUGACUACGAGCCAAAACACCAACACCACCUUUCCCAUCCUUAUCCGAUCCACUCCGGACACAGCCCCGCCCUGAAGCCCAAUCACACUGAUAGAAAGCCAGAAGCUCCCUUUGGGAAACCAAAGGUUCUCCAGGACAAGGGCUGUCCUGGGGUGACAUCUAGCACAUCCCCAAUGUCUCUAGGGAAGUUUGCCCAAGCAGAGGAGAGCCUGGAAGAACAGAGCCCCAGCCCAGACCCUGAAGAUCAAGACCAGAGCACCUUGCGCUGUGCCCGCACAUCUGGGGAACGCAGCUCUGGUAAGGACAAAGGGGACAGAGACUGCCGAGCUCUUCACUUCUCUCAGCACUGCACGGAUGUGGUGAAGGAGGAGAGAGUGUGUGAGGGAGAGACUGAAAAGGAAGACAGUAUUGUUGACCUAGGGGAGUCUCAGGGAGAAGGGGAUGAGGAUGACGAAGAGGAUGGCCUGACUUCAUCUAAAGGCUGUCGUAGAUCCAGUCUGGCCAAGAGGAUCGCUAACUCCUCAGGCUACGUUGGCGACCGCUUUAAAUGUGUCACCACUGAGCUGUAUGCGGACUCCAGCAAGCUGAGCCGUGAACAGAGAGCCCUGCAGCGGGCAAUGAUGCGGUUCUCGGAGCUGGAGCUGAAGGAGAAGGAGGGCGGCGGUGUGUGUGUGUCUGCCUCGGCAGCGGCAGCAGGACGGGAGCUGGCAGACGGCCAGCGCAGAGAGCGAGUGCUGGAACACUGCCAACACACCACCAGGCAGGGAGAGAGGGAGGGUGUCCGGCCAGUGUACGCAAACAACAGAGUUCCAGUCCUCCAGAGGUGUGGGGCCCUGAAUGAGCCUUUGUCCCCAGGGCAUGGGGCUCGAGAGGGGCCCAUAGGUGCCAGCCAAGGAGGGCUAAAUGACGGAGCCAGGAAGGUGAAGAGGGAGUCAGAAGGAGGUCAUUGUUUACCCCCCACUUUGACUGCGGCAAAAGGAUACCUUGAGGAGAAGGCCAGCUCUGGCUUUGGACCCACCAGGAAACGCCAGCUUGGCCUCAAGGCUGAAAAGCAGGACGCAGAGUGGGAGGAAGGAGAGAGGCUGUCCCACCCAGAGAAAAGAGCAAAGAUUUCUACGGAUGAGCGUGAGCAGGCCAGUCCUGAUGAAGAUGACGAUGACGACGAGGUUCGGAAGCUCAAGGUCUGCAUCGAGCUGAAGGGACUGCGACUCAGCAAGCCCACUGCCGGCGCAGCUUCCCCUGACGGGUCCCUAAUCAAACAGGAGAGAGCGUGGCCCCAGCCCCGAUUAGUAGCCCCAGUCCAGAGCCUACGGGAACGCAAGAUUAGGCCUGGUGAGCCAGAGGACCGAGCCGCGGCGCAUAGAGCCGAGAUCAACAGGAAAUGGGGCUGUGAGAAGCUUCUUAAUGGAGUAGCUACUUCUCCCCUUCCCCCCGGCCAACUGAAGGACAGAGCGCUACCGCCGGGCCCCUUCUCAGGUGACCGUGGCCUCAAGGAGCCCAGAAGGGCCCCCCCAUCUCUGGCCCCAGAGCCGUCCAUGGGAGCCCCCCCUCCCAUCAAGCCCCGUCGCCAUAGUGACACAGACAAACCCAAGGGCAAGCGGCCGUGCAAGACCAAACACACCAGUCAGAGGGAGCGAGAGCGGGAGAAAAGGAAAGAGGCCACAGCUAACAGCCCAGGCCAGCGUUGUGUGGCUGAUCAGGGAGCAGCUGAAGAUGACAAGCUGAGUGAGCAGCGUGGCGCUCCGAGGAAGGGAGCCGCCUCUCCUAAUCAUUAUCCCAACUCUCCAGUCAAGCCCUGCUCCCCCGCCACACUCUGUCCGCCCUCCCUGCAGCCCCAGGCUAACAGCAGAGCUGGCGGUGUGCCACCAGAGGUGGCGGGGGUGCACAGGACCCCCCCUGCUGAGCCCCCCGCUGUUCGUCCGAUCCCGCCAGAGGCUCGUCGGCUGAUCGUAAACAAGAACGCCGGAGAGACUCUGCUCCAGAGAGCUGCACGGCUGGGCUACGAGGAGGUGGUACUGUACUGUCUGGAGAACAGAGUAUGUGAGGUGAAUCACAGAGACUAUGCUGGUUACUGUGCUCUCCACGAGGCAUGCGCACGUGGCUGGCUCAGCAUAGUCCAACACCUGCUGGAUUACGGGGCCGACAUCAACUGCAGUGCACAGGACGGCACCAGACCGAUUCACGAUGCUGUGGAGAAUGACCACCUGGACGUUGUGCGAGUCCUGCUGUCUUAUGGUGCUGACCCCACCCUGGCCACAUAUUCUGGCCGUGGCCUGCUCAAGAUGACCCACAGCGACAGCAUGGAGCGCUUCCUCACUGAUUAUUUUGCUGACCUUCAGGGCCGCUCAGAUGACGACCCGGGGCUUUAUUGGGAAUUCUAUGGCAGCGGUGUGUGUGAGUUGAGCGAGGAGGGCGGUGUCUAUGACAUCCUGGCCGACCCUCCGGGCCCAGAGGAUGAGGAUGAGGAUGAUAAAAGGGAGGUGUUUGAGUUUGAGUUCUCUGACCGCCCUCUGCUGCCUUGCUACAACAUCCAGGUGUCCCUCUCCCAGGGGCCAAGAAACUGGCUGCUACUGUCCGACGUCCUUCGUCGGCUGCGGAUGUCUGGUCGCGGUUUCCGACAGGCUUUCCCCCACAUGGAGGUGGUGACAGUGGCAGAGGCAGAGUUUUACCGGCAGGCCUCUCUGUCACAGCUCUUCUCCUGCCCAGAGGAGCUGGAAGGCUUCCAUGCCGACAGUAAGGACCUGCUGGACCUGGUGGAAGACAGCGCUGAGCUGGCUGCUCUUCUGGGCUCCACACUGGAGUGUCUUGACGACCGCUGGGACCACCCAGGGGACAAACUGAAGGACAAAAUCAAGGCUAUUGGGAAGUUGGGCUCAUCCUGACCCUUGGAGCCUCUAAACCCGGACCUUGAUCCUUUACGACUGCAGUUUGCUUAAGAACCAACCAGGGGUUAUGAUGAUAUGCCUUAGCCUGACUCUUAGUUUGCACGCUUCAACCCUGCUCUGGACCAGCACUGUACAGAUGGACUGACCUGCUGGCUGAUCGGGCUGCUGAAACGUUUCCCUCCAUUAACUGAGAAUCAAUACAUUUGUGACUCAAUAGACUUAAUAAUGGUCUUAUUUUUAUAAAUUAAUAUAUGUAUAAAUAAAUAAAUAUAUUAUAUAUAUAUAUAAAUAUAUAUAUAAAAUAUCAAGAGAUUUUUUUUCUUUUGAAUGUUGCUCACGACUCCUCUGAAAGAUUUUGUAUGGCAACAGAGUGUAGUCGUGAUGUCAGCGAUUGGAUGGAGUGUGUGAGCGCGCAGCACAUUGUGCAUGUGUGUAGCUGUACAGGAUAGUACUGAGUCUGUGCUAUUGAAUGUGGUAUUUGUUUAUAGGAAGCACAUGAUGUCCUGUUUUAGUCUUUUUUUUUUUUUUUUUUUUUUUCCUCAGACUUUAGCGCUCGCUUGAGCCUCAGGCUAUUUUGUUGUAUCUUUUUUUUUUAUGUUAAAAUUUUGCUUCCUGUUUAGUCUGUAAUUUAACAUGCAAAACUACAAAACAGUUUGUAUAAUAAAGUUUUAAGAUAAUGUUGAUAUUUACCCUUCGGCACAGAGCUUGUAUAUAACAGGGAGGCUACUGCAGUAAAGUAAUUUUGGUGUGUUCUUUUUUGUUUUAACUUUGUAAUUAAAAUAUCUCAUUUGUAUUUAUAUUUUACAAAAG